AUGAACCACAUAGAUGAGCCAUUAACUGAAUAUGAAGAGCCAAGUCAUACCCUUUUGGUGUUAGGUGGUACCGGUUUAGUUGGAUCAGAAUUUCUCAAGUCUGCAACAGAAUCAGCCAACGUUCACAAAGUUUAUGUCCUUACCAGAAGAGAGCUUGUCAUUGAAUAUGACACUGAUAAAAUCAUUCCUAUAGUUGAAACAGACACCGCUAAAUGGGCUCAAAUUAUUUCUGAAAUUCCACUGAUUGACAUUGUCUUCUCCAGUUUAGGUACAACCAAAAGUGCUGCUAGAGGAUUGAAAGAACAACAUGCCAUUGACCAUGAUUUAAAUCUUGAAUUGGCUAAAGCCGCUAAGCUGAAUCAUGUUAAAACAUUUAUUAUAAUCACAAGUAUGAAUAAUAGUGCUUUAUCAACAUUUUUCCCAUAUUUUAGAAUCAAAAAACAACUUGAAGAUGAUUUGAAAAAACUUGGUUUUGGUCAACUUUUCAUCCUUCGUCCUGGGCCACUAGCUGGUGAUAGAUCCGUUUUGCAAUCAAGUGGACAUUCACUUGCCACACGUCUUUCAGGUUUUAUAGCCAAUACUUUCCAUGAAGCUUAUCUCGCAAAUUUAGUUGGGGAACCAAUCACUGCUGCACAGUUGGCUCAAGUUGCCAUGUAUUAUCUGAAUACCACCACCAGUCCAUCGAACUCAGAAGUGAAUACCAUCGAUAGUGGUGACAUGAUCUGGAUGGCCCAUGCUAUUGAUGAAGCUGAUUAUUGA